GCGGGGAGGAUCGUCUGAAGCCGAGCAGACAGAGAGCGGACGCGCUCCGGUGAAGUUGUGUCCAGGUCGGGAGUUUCCCUUUGCGCGCCGGAGAUCCAGCGGAACGGGAGCUGGAUCCUAAAAUCCUCCGUUCUGUCCGCAGAGAGAGAGAGAGAGAGACGCAAACCGAAGGAAAUGAGAUCUGUGUCGGGGAGAGGGUUGUAGUCUGAAAGUUGCUGCUGCAGGUGGAGAACCAGCAGGCUUCCCUUUCCCUCAGACCUUUGUCUCCGGGCUGCUGCUCUUUUCAAUGUGGGAUACAGUUUUGCUCCAUUCGCCAGGCUGAAAUCUUCCAGGGUCAGGACCUCCGUCAUGGCAGCCCUGCUCCUCGGGCUGCUGCUGUUCGCGAUGCAGUCCCCUCCGCUCCCCUCCAGGCCCCUGGCGCCCGGGGGGUCCUCUUUGCCCGGCACCGCCUCGCCGCCCGCCGACAACGGCACCGGCGGCCACCCCAACGGCACCCUGCAGCAGCUUCCGCAGAUCAUAAUCAUCGGCGUGAGGAAGGGGGGCACGCGGGCGCUGAUCGAGAUGCUCAGCUUGCACAGCGCCGUGGUGGCAGCUCAGAACGAAGUCCACUUCUUUGACUGGGAGAGCCACUUUCAGAGAGGCUUGUCCUGGUACCUGAGCCAAAUGCCUUACGCCUUCCCCGAUCAGCUGACGGUGGAAAAGACGCCGGCCUACUUCACUUCUCCCAAGGUCCCCAAGCGCAUCUAUCAGAUGAACCCCAACAUCAAGCUGCUGCUCAUCCUCAGAGACCCCACGGAGCGGGUGCUCUCGGACUACACGCAGGUCUUCUACAACCGCCUGCAGAAGCACAAGCGCUACCAGCCCAUCGAGUCGGUGCUGGUGAAGGACGGCGAGAUCAACCUGGGGUACAAGGCGCUGAAUCGCAGCAUGUACUACGUUCACAUGAAGAACUGGCUGCAGUACUUCCCCCUGGGGAGCAUCCACGUCGUGGACGGGGACCGGCUGAUUAAGGACCCCUUGCCCGAGAUGAAAAAAGUGGAGCGCUUCCUGGAGCUUGAGCCGCAGAUAAACGCCUCGAAUUUUUACUUCAACAAAACAAAGGGAUUCUACUGUCUGAGGGAUCACGGGCGGGAGCGGUGUUUGCACGACUCCAAGGGCAGAGCGCACCCCCACGUUGCUCCGGCCAUCCUGCAGAAACUCUACCAGUUCUUCCACCAACCGAACAAGAGGUUCUUCGAGCUGGUGGGGAGAACGUUCAACUGGAACUGACACUUUGAGUUUGUCUAGAAUGAGCUCACUAACGACAUAAAUGAAGGGACAAAAAGCUAAUGUAAAUGGAAACUAAAUCUAUUUUUGUACUAGUAUGUUUGUUACGGGGGGGAGGAGGUGGGGGGGGGGUCAAUCUGCUCCUUCACCUGCUUGCAUCUUCAUUUCGUACCCAGGUGUUGCCGUUUUGUCGCUUCUGUUGUCCAAUUUGAACAUGUAAACACACCAGUUCAUGCCCAUGGGCUUUGUCUUUGGUUGUAGGCAGGUGUGUUUAUUGAUAGUGGAGUUUGCGCAGUUAAUUCGACUGUAUAUUAUUAUCUAUAAACUGAGAUUUACCCUUAUUUCCACUGAUAGCGGUUAUUAAUGUCUGCAAAACAUCAUGACAAACACGAUGAAACCUUAGCAACAACCUGCUGGUAGAUAUUCUUCACUAGAGAGAUGAAAACACAGCAUCCAACUAUGAUUGGAAGAUAAGAGUGGAAUUUAUACCUCCUGGAAGGUAGAAAUUGAUGAACGUUUGGUAUGAAACAUCCUUUAGUAGACAGCCCCAUUUUUUUUCACUCCUCCAAAUUAAAAAAAAUUAAAAUGCAGGUACAACACAAACCCCGGAAAAGUCCGAAAUGGUGACCGGGCGACAUGGCCCAACGCCCUACAGGGGUGUGAUUGAGCUGAAUAUCAGGGCAGACCGCUGGCUCUCUUCUCCAAACACCCUGCGCUGUGAGGAAUUUGCAUCAGCAUCCAUCUUGGCUCAUAUCAGCAGACACACUUUACGCGGUGCCAGUUAGCGUUACAUAAAGAUAUGCACUGAGCAGGGUUUUUUUUAUUAUUAUUAUUAUUAUUAUUAUUAUUUUUGUCAGACCUGCUUCUUUCACAUUAUAUGAUUCAGCGUUAUUAAGCUCUAACUUUAAAGCUCUGAAGGAAUCUAUUGCUGCUAUGAUUUUUUUUUUUUUUAUAUAGGAACAAACCGAACAUGCGUUUGUUAUGUUUGUGGUCCUUUUUUUUUUGUUUGUUUGUUUGCAUGAGCCAUUCAUGUACCAUAAAUGUGCAACCCAGAUAUUGUUGACCAAUAACUCAACUGUAAAUAAUUUUAUAAAAGUGAGAAAUUAAUACUUAAUAAAGAUGUAUUUUAUUUUUA